UUAAGCGGGAGAAUGAACAUUAACAGCAGCAUCAUAACUCAUCAUGUGUCAUUUUAACACACACACACACUGAAGUAUACACACAGAAUGCCUUACAGUCCGUUAACCAUGCAAGACAGGAACGCUUUGGAGGAGCUCCUACGUUUGGGUGCAGUCACAGGACCUAGCCAUUAGUUUGAGUUGUAUUCCAUAUUCAAGAGAACAACCGCCCCUCUGCACCUGUGGGUUUGAUUCCAAGCUGCGGCUGGGUGAUUAAUGUCGGAGGCAAACUGGAUCCGGAGAUCUGUUCCUAUCGGACACAGUGUGGUUAUGCAUCCAGGAUGCCCCCCCACACACACGCACACACAUCUGCACACACAUGCUCACAGUCACCACCCCCUCUACAGAUUAUGGAAACUAUCAGAUGCUGUUUGUUUAGCAUGUUCUACUGCUGAGCAAUGUUAGAACGUUCUUUUGUACAAAGUACAAGUAUACUUAUAAUUCUUGUAUUUUAUUUUUCUAUUAUUUCCAAAGAGAUGUUGUAGAUCUUGCACACUGUAAGAGGCAGUUACAGCGAUUUUUAUUUGCAAAUAAAGAUGACCAGUUCUGGUGGGUGACUGCUCAUUUCAUUUCGUUUGGAUUUUUACCUUGGACAAGGAACGAGAAUAAAAAUCAACUAGUGUUGUUGUAAAAGGGGGGAAAAAGGAAAGUCAAACAGUGUUUGGUGGUAAAUCACACAGUCUAUGCUGCAAUAUAAUAAAAUGUAAUGAUAAAUAUUAUUGAACUUUUAUUAUCUUUUUCCAAUCUGGCAACAUGAACAACAUUGUACACUUCACUAGUGGCCAAAAGGUGGCGCUGUUGGUCUUCCUAAACUUCAUUGUGAAAAAUAAUGAUUAUUAUUGAUCUAUAAUUUGUAGAAGAUUAGUUCAUAAACUUUUAGCUUUAUGAACCCUCAAUAUUUUGAAUGUAUUGUAGACCUCCUGGCUGUGAACCGCACAGACUUGGUGAGUGAGCAGGUGAUGCACAAGCAGCUGCUGCUGUAGUGUAUUCGUGUCACUGUGUUCAAAAGGGCCCGAAGCUUUAAGGGGGCCCUUGGAGAGCUAAGUGUAAUAAAUCAAAUGCACCAAGAUGGGGGGUCUAGGACGCUCCCUGCUCCAUGAUCAGGUCACUGGGUGGUGCACAGAGCUUAAGACUCUAAUAGGAUUACCUGUGACAAGCUGGGAAGCCCAGGCGGCAUCUCAGCCUGUGAUCCUCUUCCCAGCAAAUGGGAGCACACUGUUCACCCCCCUGUUUAUCAUCAUUGUCUCAAGAGAAUGUGCAGAUCUAAUGCUUUUUAUUUUCUGUGAUCAGAUCAGAGCGUCUAUGGGUUGAUGCAUUAACUUCAUGACCGGUGUUGCGUUAACUGGGUCUAAUGGGGCUGCUGGACAAACUGUCAGGAUGGCUCGGCCUGAGGAAGAAGGAGGUCAACGUGUUGUGCCUGGGGCUGGACAACAGCGGGAAAACUACCAUCAUCAACCAACUGAAACCUGCUAAUCAUUCGAAUCAUUUAGGCCCAUUGUCAGAGGAGUGGAAACAUGUUAGUCAGACACAGGCGCAGGAAAUAGUCCCAACCAUUGGCUUCAACAUAGAAAAGUUCAAGAGUUCUAGCCUGUCCUUCACAGUGUUCGACAUGUCGGGACAGACCAGAUACAGGAACUUGUGGGAGCAUUAUUACAAAGACAGCCACGCCAUCAUAUUCGUCAUCGACAGCGGCGAUAAACUGAGAAUGGUCGUUGCCAAAGAGGAGCUUGAUACUGUCCUCAAGCACGAAGAUAUCUGCAGCAGGAAGUUACCAGUGUUGUUCUUCGCUAACAAGAUGGAUCUGCGAGACGCCAUGUCUUCCGUCAAAGUUUCGCAGAUGCUGUGUUUGGAGAACAUCAGAGACAAACCGUGGCACAUCUGUGCCAGCAAUGCUAUCAAAGGAGAGGGCCUCCAGGAGGGGCUGGACUGGCUACAAGGUAAGGUGUCAGUUCAGUGUAACGAGCCUGUCUGCAUCCUGUCUGCACCACCUUCUUUAAAAUUACCUUCUUCUCUUUCUUCAUAUUAUAGAACAAAUUGCACAGUAAGUAUCUGUGAUGCUGUUGGUGGUAGAUCGUAUCUGUCUCUGGGUGGGAUUUAUAUGGUUGCAUAUUGUUUUUUAGGGUGUAUUCAACUCUAAAAUGACUGACCUGGUAAAAUUAAAUCCCAUCCACACAGAGUUUGUGUGGUGUCCAUCUUUCAGUUAGUUGGCGUUGUGUGCAUUACCUCUGUGUAGCUUAUUUAAUUUUACAACAGUGCUAUGACCUGUAAGAGCACAUUGUUCAAUUCAUGACAGGUUUUUGAGGUUGAAUCUAUAUCUAAAACUAAUUUUGUUGUUUUUUUCCCUCGUGGCAGAUCAGAUCAAGCUAAUGAACAUAUGAAUGACUGAAAUGCCUGAGACCACGGACAGUGUGGAGUUGGUAUCUGGAUCUCAUUCACCUCUUGGAGUACUCAUCACACUUGAUGUAGUAGGCCUUAAACCUCAAUGUCAACUAUCCUAGUACUUCAUGUAUUAAUUAUUAGUAUAUUUCUAGCUCUUAGUAAUAGUACAAUGUAUAAUACAUGGUUAAAAACAACUAAUGUACUACUAUAAAUUAGAUUGUUAGAUUUAAACAUAUGUAUCUGAAGAUGCUUUUUAUAUUCUGUGACACAUGCUUUAUU